CAGGCUCCUCUCUGCCAGAGAAUCUGGUUGGGGUGGGAGCUGAGUCCCAGAGCACUGGUUCUAUAUAAGAGUCCCAGGCGCAGCCCCAGCCCAGUGGAGAGGGAGCACCAGCACCAGGGAGGGCGCGUUCCGCGGGGCUCCUCAGCCGCAGAGAACGCCCCAGGCACUCGCAGGAGAAGUGUUCAUCCUCUCUCCUGUCCUGAAAGUUUCCCCAAUCAUGGAGGCAAUAAGUUUAUUCAUGUUGGUGGGAUUUGUAGGAGAGUUCCCAGUUUUUUCAAGUGCCGCCAGUCCAGUCAAUUGCCAGUGGGGUUCCUUUGGCCCGUGGUCAGAAUGCAACGGUUGUACAAAGUCUCAGACUCGCAGGCAGACAGUUGCGGUUUAUGGGCAGUUUGGUGGCCAGCCUUGUGCCGGAAGUGCUUUUCAGACACAAGCGUGUGAACCGACACAGGGAUGCCCAGCAGAAGACGGAUGUGGAGAGCGGUUCCGGUGUUUUUCAGGUCAGUGCAUCAGCAAAUCCUUGGUUUGCAAUGGCGAUUCUGACUGUGAAGAAGACAGCGCUGAUGAAGACAGAUGCGAGAACAUAGAGAGCAGAGCUUCCUGUGACCUUGAUAAACCUCCUCCCAACAUAGAACUUACUGGAAAUGGUUACAAUGCCCUCACCGGCCAGUUCAGGAACAGAGUCAUCAACACAAAGAGUUUCGGUGGCCAGUGCAGAAAGGUGUUUAGUGGGGAUAGAAGAGACUACUACAGACUGAGUGCGAACGUCCUCUCCUAUGCAUUCCAGGUGAAAAUAAAUAAUGAUUUUAAUUAUGAAUUUUACAACAGUAGCUGGUCUUAUGUAAAACAAACAUCAAAGUAUUCAUCAUCUGAAAGAAAAAAAUCCUUUUUUGGAUUUUCAUCAAGUUCUUCUCAUUCUACUUCUAGUAAAGGUUACAGUGAAAACCAGAAGAAAAAGAGUUAUCAACUGCUGGUUAUUGAGAACACGGUAGAAGUGGCUCAGUUCAUCAACAACAAUCCAGAAUUUUUACAACUCGCAGAGCCGUUCUGGAGGGAACUCUCCCACCUCCCCUCCCUGUAUGACUACAGCGCCUACCGAAAAUUAAUCGACAACUAUGGGACACAUUUUCUGCAGUCGGGAUCCUUAGGAGGAGAGUACAAAGUUCUGUUUUACGUGGACACGGAAAAGAUGAAACAAAGAGGUCUUAGUUCAAUAAAUACGAAGGGCUGUAGUUCCAAAAAUUUCGUGAUUUUAUAUUCUUCAAGCAAAUGCAAGGAGCUGAAAGAUGCCUUAAAAUGGGCUUCAGAAACUUCAAGCAAUAAGCUGCAAGGGACCCCCUUUGUCAGAGGGGGGAGUUCAGGUUUCGUGUCUGGCCUCAGCUACCUGGAUUUGAAUAAUCCUGCUGGAAACCAAGAACGGUAUUCUUCCUGGGCAGCUUCUGUGACUGGGCUCCCCCAGGUCAUAAAGCAGAAGCUGACACCUUUGUAUGAGCUGGUGAAGGAAGUACCCUGUGCCUCGGUGAAAAGACUCUACCUGAGACGGGCUCUGGAGGAAUACCUGGAUGAAUCUGACCCCUGCCAUUGCCAGCCUUGUCAAAACGGCGGCCUCGCCACUGUGGAGGGGACCCAGUGUCAGUGCCAUUGCAAACCGUACACAUUUGGCGCCGCAUGUGAGCUAGGGGUCCUCGUACAGGGCGAAGCAGGGAGGGUUGAUGGAGGUUGGAACUGCUGGUCCUCUUGGAGCCCCUGUGCUGAAGGAAAGAAAACAAGGCGUCGAGAAUGCAAUAACCCGUCUCCCAGAGGGGGCGGGCUGUCCUGCAUUGGGGAAACGUCAGAGAGCAGGCAGUGUGGAGAGGAAGACGAGGAGCUGAGGAAUCUGCGAUUGCUUGAACCACACUGCUUUCCUUUGCCUUCGGGUUCAACAGAAUUCUGUCCACCACCCCCUGCCUUGAACCACGGAUUUGUUCAAGGUGAAGAUACCACAUUUCCUGUUGGGAAAAAUAUAGUGUACACCUGCAGCGAGGGAUACUCUCUUGUUGGAGACCCCAUUGCCAGAUGUGGAGAUGAUUUACAGUGGCUUGUUGGGGAAAUGCAUUGUCAGAAAAUGGCCUGUGUUCUCCCUACACUGAUGGAUGGCAUUCAGAGUCAUCCCCAGCAGCCUUCCUACACAAUUGGCGAUAAGGUGACCUUUUCCUGUCCAGAUGGCAUGUCCUUGGAAGGUCCUUCGACAUUUCUCUGUGGAUCCAGCCUCAAGUGGAGCCCUGAGAUAAAGGAUGUCCACUGUGUGCACAAAGAUGCCCCUUUGACAUCGGCAGCACCCAAGUGUCAGCCCUGGGAGAAAGUGAAGAAUUCAAAAUGUGUUUGUAAAUUGCCCAACGAAUGUUGGUCCUCCCUGGGGGUGUGCGCUCGGGACGAGAGAAGGGGAAGGACGCUGCCCCUGACCGUGUGCAAGCUGCAUGCUGUGCGCUGCCAGGGCCUGCGGUUCACGCUGCUGGGUGCCGACAGCUGUGUCCUGCCUGCCCCAGCCAGGAAAGCGUGUGGCGCCUGUCCGCUGUGGGAAAAAUGUGACGACCAGAAGAGCGAGUGCAUCUGCAGAGAGGCCUCGGAGUGCGAGGAGCAAGGCAUCAGCAUCUGCGUGCUGGUGAACGGCGAGGCAAGGACGAUGACGGAGUGUGAGGCUGGAGUCCUGAGGUGUCAAGGACAGAAUGUCACGGUCACUAGCAUAGAGCCUUGUGAGGGGGGAGCCCAGUAGGCUCCGGGCUGUGGUGGUGGUGGGGGGGGCUCGCUCAGAAUCCAGCAGUGGCUGUGCACAUCCCGUGGGCACGUCCCAUAACUGAGCACUGCAACGCCCCCAGCCGGAGGCCCAUGCUUUCUGCUUCCCUCCAGGGCCCUUGCACCCUGAGCUCCCAGCUGCCCGCAGAAGCCAAACCUUUUUCCUUACUCUUUGUCCUUAAAAAAAAAAAAUUAGGCUGAAGAGUUUUCAUGAACCUUUGUCUGAGUUAACGACGUUCUUGGAGAAACUGCUAACUUCUCUGGAUUUGGAUUUUUUUAGUCGGAAAAUUAGAGAGUUAGGCCAGAGAAACUCAAAUGCUGCCUUUAAGUCUGGGCGGUUAUGCCCAGCAGCCAGAAAACAGAAACAUUAGAGAGGCGGCCCGCUCAGUAAACCCGAAUACAGAGGGGACCUUGAAUGCAGAAAGACAGUUGCAAUGACUCCAUCCCGGGAAGAACACGGGCGCCACCCGGUCGGCUCCAGCACCUUGGGUGGGGUUCCCCAGUCCUGUGGGGAGACGGAAACACCGACUCGCAGAGCUGAAUUAGUCAUGUCCUAGUUAGGGGCGCCUUCUGCCCCUUUGUCUGACAACUCACAUAAUUCAGUCUUGUUUGGGGGCCAUUUUUAGUGCAGGUCACAGCCGAGACCUCCAGUUUGCCCUGCCGCCCCCUUUUCUUCCGUAGGAAGCGCCUGUUCCCGGCUGAGCCAGGUGCGAUUGCCCAUUAGAGAGAACGUUUUUCAGCCAUGUGGGUUCGCUCUGGAUGUUUCAGGGCCUGUGGAGGUAAAUAGACUUGAAGCAUUGGCCUCCAGUUUACUCCUUAUUUAUUCUUCAUCAAAGCAAAAAGGAAAACAGCUGUGGGAGAUGAAAUGAGAGGGCUUAACAAAAUAUGCUUUCAUAUACAAACAAUAUCUCUGUAUUUUUCUGAUACUGAUAAAUACAUUUCUGCAAAGCUUUAGUUAAAAUGACAAUGAUUAAAAUACUCAUUAAAGAUA